GAAUCAAUUAAUACUCCCUUCUUACUUAAAUCAUUUUUUUAUACAAAAUUUAAAAAAUUAUUAUUUAAUAUUUUAAAUAUAUUUAAUAAUAAAAUAGAUAGGGUGAAUAAAAUAAAAAAGUCACAAAUAUCUUUCUUAAUUUAUUUCAUAUAAAAAAAUUGAUCAACUUAAUUGGAACAAUCCAAAAGAGAAUAUUGAUUAAGUUAGUUGAGACGGAGAGAGUAAAAUAAUUGAUGAAUAUGUAUUUAAUAGAUAAAAAUAAAUAAUUGUGAUUGAAAUGAGCGAGGGUCAUGAGUAAUUUUUUGAUAAAUAAAAAAUAUUUCUAAGGUUAACAAUAUAAGGAGAUAGUGUAGGAUCGUGUCUUAAAAGUGAAAUAUAAUAUACUUUCUGUGUAAUAUUUUAAAAGAUUAUGUUAAAAUUGCAAAAAUUGGUGAAAGUUUCAUGAAUAGACAAUUAGCCAACAAGUGAAAUUUAUUCCUAUAAAUAGUUGGCAUUGGUACUAAAUUCUUUAAACCCUUGUUUCGUGCCCCUCGGUUUCUCCGUUGUGCAGAUAUAAAAGAAGCGCCGCUCCAUCAUUUCUUAAGCACUGUAUAACAUCAGAUCUUCAAAUUUUGUGAGAAAAUGGCGACUGCACGGCUUCCGACCAGCUCCCUGAUCACGAGCGUGGUGCCACAAAACCAAACCGGUUCUUCGUUUGUAAGAGUCCCGGCCUCGUUGGGGUCUGUGAAGAGCAUCACCAAAGCCUUCGGGUUGAGAGCAAGGGCUGAUUUCAGGGCAUGUGCAAUGGCCACGUACAAGGUCAAACUGAUCGGAGCAGAUGGCGAGGAGUGUGAAUUUGAGGCGCCCGAUGAUUGUUACAUCCUCGACUCAGCUGAAUCUGCGGGAGUGGAGCUGCCUUACUCGUGCAGGGCUGGCGCAUGCUCCACCUGUGCGGGGAAGAUUGCAUCGGGCUCAGUCGAUCAGUCGGAUGGUUCGUUUCUUGACGACAACCAAAUGAAGGAGGGUUACCUGCUCACCUGCGUUUCCUACCCGACUUCAGAUUGUGUGAUCCACACUCACAAGGAAAGUGAGUUGUACUGAAAAUGUCUUUGCUUGCUUUCCUGCUGUUUUGGCUUGUUAGAUAUGCAGAAGCCAAGCAGACUUGUUCAAUCACUUGCAACUUGCAAUAAAUGUUAUCCAUUAUCGUUGAA